GGCGCGAGUAUAUUACCUCAUAAGGAAAAGCUGGAAGCCCGUAUUCCGUUGUCCAUAGAAACGCGGCAGAAACGUAGCAGCCCCUCGUCGGACGCUUUCCGGAGAGAGGGCUGAGCGAGAAGAGCAGAACUGAAAGAAGUUUAGGGAAGUAAGUUAGGGUGAGAAGAGGCCGCUGCAGGUCCAGGAGGGAAUCAGCCCACAGGUCCUGGCAGGAGACAAGAAAUGAAUGAAGAAAGAGGAGGAUCCAGGACCUUGAUAUUGUCAUUUCUGGGCACACUUUUCACUGGUGACUGAAAUUUCUAACUAGAAAUUUACAGUGUGUGCCGAAGAGACAGAGCAUCUCAGUUGCUGGCCAUUCCCCAAAACAGAAGACAAUGAUCAGUGCCCAGGAAACCCUGACAUUCAGUGAUGUGGCUGUGGACUUCACCUGGGAGGAGUGGCAGCUCCUGGCCCCUGCUCAGAAGAACCUGUACCGGGACGUGAUGUUGGAGAACUAUAGCAACCUGGUGUCAGUGGCAGGGUAUCAAGCCAGCAAACCAGAGGCACUCUCCAGGUUGGAACGAGGGGAAGAACCGUGGACAACAGAAGAUGAAAUCCACAGUCGAACCUGUCCAGAAACUGGCAAAGUUGCUAAUCAUCUGCAGGGUCACUGGGAAAGUCAAAGAAUGCUGAAAGGUGGGGAACAACGCCACGAAGACAAUGCAUUUGGAAGUAUUGUUCCUCAAAGCAAAAGUCAUUUUUCUUCCAGGCAAAAUCAUGACAUGUUCGAGUUCUAUAUAAAAACUUUGAAAUCAAAUUUAAGUUUAGUCAACCAGAGCAAAAGCUAUGAAAUUAAGAACUCAACUAAAUUUAAUGGAGAUGGGGAAUCAUUUCUGCAUGGUAAGCAUGAAGAUUUUCAUUCUGCAGUUAGAUUCCCUGUAAGUACAAAACCCAUUAGCAGUAAGUCCCAAGUUAUUAAGCAUCAGAGAACUCAUGAAACAGAGAAAGCUAAUGUAUGCAGUGAAUGCGGGAAAGCCUUCUUAAAGAAGUCUCAGCUCACUGAUCACGAGAGAGUUCACACAGGAGAGAAACCUUACGGAUGCAGUAUAUGUGCAAAAGUAUUUUCCAGAAAAUCCAGGCUCAACGAACAUCAGAGAAUUCAUAAAGGAGAGAAAUCCCUUGUAUGCAGUGAUUGUGGAAAAGUCUUCACCAUGAAGAGCCGCCUGAUUGAACACCAGCGAACUCACACUGGAGAGAAACCUUAUGUGUGCAGUGAAUGUGGAAAAGGCUUCCCAGGGAAGCGUAAUCUCAUUGUACACCAGCGAAAUCAUACGGGAGAGAAAUGCUAUGUAUGCAGUGAAUGUGGAAAAGGCUUCACUGGGAAGAGCAUGCUGAUCAUACAUCAGCGAACUCACACAGGAGAGAAACCCUACCUCUGCAGUGAAUGUGGGAAAGGCUUCACCACAAAGCACUACGUCAUCAUACAUCAACGCAAUCAUACAGGAGAGAAACCGUAUAUAUGCAAUGAAUGUGGGAAAGGUUUCACCAUGAAGAGUCGUCUGACUGAACAUCAGCGAACUCAUACAGGAGAGAAACCCUAUGUAUGCAAUGAGUGUGGAAAAGGCUUCCCCAGGAAGAGCAAUCUCAUUGUACAUCAGAGAAAUCAUACAGUAGAGAAAUCCUACGUAUGUAGCGAAUGUGGAAAAGGCUUCACUGUGAAAAGCAUGCUCAUCAUACAUCAGCGAACUCAUACUGGAGAGAAACCCUACAUUUGCAGUGAAUGUGGAAAAGGCUUCCCCUUGAAGAGUCGGCUGGUUGUACAUCAGCGAACGCAUACUGGAGAGAAACCUUACAGAUGCAGUGAAUGUGGGAAAGGUUUCAUUGUGAAUAGUGGACUGAUGUUACAUCAGCGAACUCAUACUGGAGAGAAACCCUAUAUAUGCAAUAAAUGUGGAAAAGGUUUUGCCUUUAAGAGCAAUCUUGUGGUACAUCAGCGAACUCAUACUGGAGAAAAGCCCUUUAUGUGCGAUGAAUGUGGAAAAGGUUUCACCAUGAAACGCUAUCUCAUUGUACAUCAGCAAAUUCAUACAGAAGAGAAAUCCUAUAUAUGCAGCGAAUGUGGAAAAGGCUUUGCCACAGAAACUGAGCUCAUUUUACAUCAGCAGAUUCAUACUGGAGAGAAACCUUAUGCAUGCAACGAAUGUGGUAAGGGCUUCACUGUGAAAAGCCGUCUAAUCGUUCAUCAGCGAACUCAUACAGGAGAGAAACCUUUUAUAUGCAGCGAAUGUGGAAAAGGUUUCUCCUCAAAGAGAAAUCUCCUUGUACAUCAGAAAACUCAUAAUGGAAACAAACCCUAACAAUGUAAUGAAUGUGGCCACACCUUCAGGAAGAAAACAUGCCUUGUACAACAUCAGAGAUUUCACACAGGAUAGACUUCCUUUAUAUGUACUGACUGUGGAAAGUCCUACUCAUACAGUAUCAGUCUCCUUACCCAGCAGGGAAUUUACACAGGACACAAACUGUAUGUAUGCAAUUGUUGUGAGAAAGCCUUCAACACGAAUUCAGUACCCAUUCUACAUCAAAGAACUUAGCAAAGAGACCCUAUGGAUUCAGCGAUUGGAGGUAACCUUUCAUUUGUCAAGCCUUGUUACAAAUACAACAAUACAUAUGAGAAAUGUAUAAGUCAAGGUACUUAAUCCUUUGCAGAGAAUCUGAACUCAUUCCAUGCAAGUGAACUUGUGCAGGGGACAAACCAUGAUAGUUUGGUGAGCUCAUUAAACAUCACUGUGCUCCUAGCCUACUCGAAUAUAGUCAGUGUAGAUUAGCCUGUUGCUAGAUUUUCACCCUUGGGAAAUUGUGGAAUUUGCAUCAGAGUGAAGUUUAAUUAAUGCAGACAAUGUGCUAGUGCCUUCAUGAUCAAUUACCUCACUUUGUAUGUCAAAAUUAACAUGUGGGAAAAAAAUUCUGAUACAUUCAAUGCAGAAAAGGCUUGAAGAAACAUUUCUAGGUAAUUCUAUGUCUGAAAAGUAUAUACUAAGAUAAAUCUUAUGAAGGGAGUGACUAGGAAAGCUGUCUACGGGAAUAAAGAGCCUGUUUCAUCAUUGUUCCUGAGACAUCAUCAGGGAGCUCAUACAUAUUAGGAGCAGUAUGAUGAUCAUGGAAAACCCUUUGCCUAGAAAUAAAAUCUCAAUAGUUGUCUGAUACUCAUGCUGGAGAAAUAUUUUCAGAUGGCAGUGAAUAUGGCAGGGUUUCAGCAAUACAUUCUGCCUCAUCAUUUCUCAUGAAUUCAUACAGAAAUAAAACUGUUAUGAACACACUCAGUGUGGCAUAGCAUUAGCAAAACAUCGGAGAAUUCUGAAGCAAAGAAGCCUCAUGAAAAUGAUGUAUUCUUGAGUUUUCCAUCAUGAGUCUAAACUUAUUAUACACCUGAUGUCCAUUUUCGGACAGGCUACCUUGAGCCAUCUUCUCAAUGAUUCCAUAGUUUUAAAGUAGGCUCUUCUCAAGAUCGAUUAAAUUUUAAUGUUAUAUAUGACACAGGGAUUUUCUGUGCCCACCUCAUAUCUGUGAUUAGCUCUUGCAUUUCUUAGGCUCUAAAUUCAUCUCUUUCAGUCCACUAUGCACUUCAAAAGAAAAAGGAAUAUAUUCAUAAAUGUAAUUCAGCAUAUUUGGGUGUAUUUAUCCAAGUUUAUAAGUAGCAUUACAUGGUUUAUAAAAACACCUUAAAUAGGAUUUUCCUAAAAUUUGUUUUGAAAUAAUUUUAGACUCACAUAUAAAAUAUACCAAGAUCGUGAGUACUUUUGCUCAGCUUCUUCAAUGAUAUUAUCUUACAUAAC